UUGAAACACAACAAGCCAGCUUAGAAAGAAACUAAUAAAUAAUUGGGGCACAAUUUGGCACGCAUUUACUGAUAUAAUAAUUUAGUCGUACCGACCAAUACCGCACCUUCUCCACCAACAAGUCAAAAAUUAGAUCCAACCCCUUUUUUUCUUUUUCCUGUUCCCAUCUCUUUCUCUUCUUCUCUUUGCAACAACAAAAAUGGGAGCUUUUUGCAAGGUGGUUGACGCGACCCUGUUGCUAAUUUUCGUGCUAAUCUCCGUUGUGGCUCCUUUAUUUGACUCGCAGACUUGUUUACCUGAGAGCAUAUACCCAGACCUGCUCGUUCGGAUGAAUAAAUGGUAUGCAGGCGAGUACCAAGAUUUUUUGGUGGUGGAGAAGCGUCAUUUUUUCGUGGCCCUGGUGUGGCUAGAACUUGCUUUUCUUUGGCCUCUCGCUUUACUUAACGUUUAUGGGAUGUUGGGUUCCAAGCCUUGGUUCAACACCACCUGCCUCCUCUUCGGUGCCUCUCUUACUACCUCUAUGGCUGCCAUAUUAGGGGAGAUGGUGGGAUCCGCGAAGACGUCAGAUAAACUGUUGAUGAUAUACUCCCCUUUUCUGGGAUUUGGUGUUUUGGCCCUGAUGCGAGGCCUGCUGGUCCCUAAAUCUGGCAAGGGUGCUCCAACCAUUGGCAAGGGACCUGCAUUGGCUAGGAAAAAGAGGGCUUGAGCUAACUUCUGCUUGUAUUUUCUAUUUUUCUUUUCAUAAUUUAUAACAUUUUGGUUUCAUUUGUAUGAUUAUUGCCUGAUUACAAAUGCUGAUGCAUUGGCGAUACUGUAUUUUGAGGUGGUUAAUUUCCAAAAACUGGUUUCAAUUAGAAUUAAUCAUAA